GGGAAGCAGUAACAGGAAAUAGGAAAGAGCAGCAGAAGGAGAAGAAGGAGAAGCUUUUAUUGAGGGUUUUUUCUUUUUUUUUUUAAAGAUCCUGAUUAUUUGGAUUACCUGUGAAGGACGAGGAACAGCCACACACACACAAACACACACACACUUACACACACACUUACCCACACACUCCUGACUGAUGCUCCUGCUGGAUGGACCGACGCUGUUCACAUCCACAUCGUCUCCUCCACCUCCAGCUGUGCACGUAGAAGAUCGACCUCUGCGACCAGACAUGCAUUUCUACUAUGUGGGGGACCAGACGUGGGCGACCAUGUUGGGUCAGAGUGUGCGGUUGCAGCCGGUGCCCAUCCAGAGCCUGUCAGAGCUGGAACGAGCCAGGUUACAGGAAGUCGCCUUGUACCACCUGGAAGAGAGGGACCUGGAUUUCAAGAUCACCAUCCCAAGAGCAAUACACAAACGGAGAAAAUCUCUACGCAGGAAGUUUGACUCCUUCUCAAAGGAAAAGAAAGAGCGAGAAUCGAACCCCAUGGCGUUCGGCAUCCCGCUCUCCCAGGUCAUUGCCAAUGACCGGGCCUACAAGCGGCGGCAGGACGCCCUGAAGGAGAGCAGGCGAGACUGUUUGGACCUGGAGGCCAGCAUCCUGCGCUUCCGGGCCGAGAAGAGGCAGUUCUUUAACGGGAACAAGCCGCUGGUCUGCUCCUCGUCAAUCACGGGCGGAGGUCCCUGCUCGCCGUCUGCAAACUCGGUGGCACCGGCGCCCAUUUUUGAGAUGCAGAACAAACCGCUGUCGCCUACGUUUCUGGAUAACACUGGCCGAGGACAGAGGAGGGGCGGUCUGUCAGUGGACUCCAUCUCUGACCUUGUAGACAGUCAGUCUCGCCUGCUGGAGGCGCUGCAGCUCUCUCACCCGGCCGAGCUGGAGCAGAAGAAGUCACCGGGCGGCAGCCACUCAGCAGAUGGGAGGACGCAGACCAAGCUCAGCCUCAACCCCAUCUACAGACAGGUGCCUCGGGUGCUGGAGAGGUGCUGCAGUCACAUCGAGAACCUCGGCCUUCAGACUGUGGGGAUUUUCCGAGUUGGUAGCUCUAAGAAAAGAGUGAGACAGCUGAGGGAGGACUUUGACGUGGGGGUGGACGUCCAGCUGGAUGAGGAGCACAGCGUCCAUGACGUGGCGGCGCUGCUCAAAGAGUUUCUCAGAGACAUGCCUGAUCCUCUGCUGCCCAGAGAGCUCUACCCGGCCUUCCUGCACGCCAACUUGCUGAGGGGAGCAGACCAGCUUCAGUACCUGCAGCACCUUCUCUACCUGCUCCCUCCCUGUAACUGUGACACCCUGCUGCGACUCCUCAGCCUGUUACACACCGUGCAGAGCUUCGCCCAGGACAGCAUAGGAACAAAUGACGAGGAGAUCUCCGGGAACAAGAUGACGGCUGCGAACCUGGCGGUGAUCUUCGGGCCCAACCUGCUGCAGAGGGAACGAGGAGAUGCGAGUCCUCAGAUCUACGCCAUGGGGAUUGAGGACAGCACGGCGAUCAUCAGCGUGACCUUGGUGCUCAUACAGAACUACAGGAGGCUCUUCACGGUUUCUGCAGAGCUGCAGCAGGAGGUCCUGAUGAGUCUGAUCCAGACUGACCCGGACAUCAUCGACUAUCUGCUGCGUAGGAAACUCGGCAGCAGUCACAUAACGGUGGAGAGCAGCAGCGAGUCGGGGGGUCGUCGGGAUACAGGGGCAUCUCUGGACUCUGUGGGAGCCUCCAGCGGGAGUCUGUCCCCACUGGAGCCCCCAUCGCCGCUUUUCCCACCUGACGGUAGCGGUGGUGAGGGCAGCUUGACCAGCGAGGUCUUCCUCAACGUGCUCAAACUGAACCAGAACAGGAAGCGACAGGAAACGAGAUACGGUGAAGUGCCUCCUGGUAAAUCCAUCCGCCACAUGCGUCAGUUCCACUCCCACCACAACCUGCUCAGCCUGUCCCAGCCCUCCUCGUCUUCCCCCUCCAGCUCCACCACCAGACUCCACGGUCAGGACCCCGACACCCAGGACCGCAGGGGCCCGCUGGGCUCCGCGCUGAACUUCACCCUGGGCGGCGGCGGGAGCGGCAGCUGCUCCAGUCUGACCGGGUCCACGGAGAGCAGCAUCUGGGUGAGACAGACGCCGCAGGAGGAGAGCAAACCGUCACCCGCUGCUAAUUUCUGGGACUUCUUCACCGGGAAAGGGUCGAGCUCGGAGACGAUGGUAUGAUGAACGGCGAGAAGAGGAGGAAUAUUAAGGGAAUGAGUGUGUGUUUAUGUGUGUGUGAUGGCUGUCGGAGGUCAGAAAUCCACAGAAAAGUUGGUUCCUGUUACAUUGAGUGUAUUUUUUAGGAUUAUAAACGCAAGACGAAUCCUAAAUUUCCUACUCAAACUUUCAACUUUAAGAAAGUGUCCUGCUGCUCUCCCAUCAGUAGUUGGAAUUUCCCACUUUUUCAGCAACUCUGGAACGCAUGUGUGUGAAUGUGUAUUUGGGACACAGAAAACAUGAAGAACCCUAACCCUAACCCCAACAAAUGGAGAACAAAAUUUGAGAAAAAUGCUCAAAAACUUUUUUUUUUUAAAAGACAUUUUUGAUUGGUGUUGGAAAAAGUUGGUGAUGAAGACUUUUAAGCACAUCUUGCUCAGACAGAGACAUCAGAGAAAGAAGAAAAAGACUUAAUGAAUCUGUCUAUGAGAUUAUCUGGAAGUAGAUGCAGUAAUAAUAUCGAUGUACAUAAUGUAUUUUACACACGCAACCCUCAUCUUUACUACCUAGAACUGACUCUAGCUGCAUGGACUCCACUAACACUUUAUCUAUACUGAUUACCAUAACAGACUCCCUUUGGUUUCUGUUGUUUUUCUGUAACAUGCAAUAAGCCACUUCUUAUCUACAAUUCAACUAAAGUUCAGCUCGAAAUAAUUGUUAGAAUUCAAACACCUGAAAGGGAUCAGUGCCAGACAAAUGUCUUUGUGUGCAACUCGGUGAGUAUUGAUUAGGUGAUUUGCAGUUCAAAAGAGAUCGAGAUAUCUAGGUUCAAUCAGUGCUAAAUUUAGUUUUUUUUAUGCAGCUUCCAUAUAAACAUUGCUCAAACUACAUUUAAAAGCUUAUUUUUCAUAGUGUAUUUACAGAACAUCCUCAUUUUAGACGUGUAGUUUAAGUGAAGUUUUAUUUAACAAGUGAAGUUUUAUUUAACAAUCACCAACGUAUGGAAAGAUAAUGUAUUUGUUACAUUUAAUUUGUGAUUUUUAAUCAAAUUUUUUUGCAAAUAAUGCAUUUUUUCUUUUAUUUAUAAACAUUUUUCACAUUAUAAAGUGAACAAAAAGCAAGUAAGGAGCAGGAAACGAGAAACUUGAGUUGAGUUGAGGCAGAAUUACCUCAAGUAAAAAUAAAAUAUCACACAUAACAUUCAGUAAUUAUGAGAGAUCUGUCUCAUUGGCUAAAUAAAGACACCAUUUUUGCCAGUUUUUCUUCCAAUUCUUUUUAAAGUCAUAUGGAGGUCUUAUCACAUUGCAUUUAGAAGAGAUUGGAUACUGAGUGACUUUAAGUAUAUCAAAGUUGGCUCUCACAAUAAACUGUUUAGUUUGUAAUCUUUUGAUCUCAAGCAUUCUGAUUCGGUUUUAACUGGAUUCAAUCUAGACGCCUUUUGAGCUGCAGAUCACCAAAUAAAUGCAGUGCCCAGUAAAGUACAUCUGUGUGAUUUUAGUAUUGACUUGUUUGCAUUUGUGGCACCUCCAGUAAGAAACAAUAGCAGUGAUCCAGUUCAGGGGGCCGGAUCCUCUGAAGGACACAGCCCAUUAAGUUUCUUUAGACCAUCAGACUGUCAGGCUGGACCUGCUGCUUCUCCCACAAUUAGUCAAAAACUAACGGUGCGUUCAGGUGCUCAACUCCGACAAGAGUACGAGGGGCUCUUGUCGAGUUUCAUGUUGCCUGAUUUUACAGUGUGAGAUAAAAUAUUCAUCUGUGUCCCCCUGUCAUUUAGGACUAACUAGACUUGAGAGGAGUUAAUACCUGGCUUUCAUUUCUUCUGCAGUGGCCAUGUGAUAUAUCCAGACUUUCAUAAUAUAUUAUUACAUUAAAGGAUUGUUACCUUCCUUUAACCACAGGAGGGCGACAUUCACCACAUCAGCUCUACGUUUAACCCUCUAGUAGCUUUUCCUCCCAUCUAUAAACUCAUAUAAUGUUAGAGAUACAUGUAUUAGGUUUGGGAAUAGUGCCAAGCGACUAGAAACUGUACAUAUGUUUGUUUCUGGCCUCUGUUUGGAGUAGAGAUCCAUGUUUCCAUUGUUGUACAGAGAUUUUCCCCACAUCCUAACAUUGUAUUUCUUCACCACAAACAACACCCGUUGUACAGAGUCCGUCCUUCACCUCAGCCGGUGAAUGUAUCAUCUUCUCUUUUUGGAUUCCUUGUGGGGAAAACAAGAUAUAUUUUGUCUUUUUGUCAGAAAUUUUUUUUUCUAUAUCAUUGUAAAAUCCAUCAAGGUGUGUUGAGACCUAAACCAGAGACUGUACCACCUACCUGCAGAGAAUUAAAUGUCAAACUGCC